AUGGACGCCAACUUUGGAAGGCAAGUGGCCAUGUGGGACUGCCAGGAAAAUUUAUUCCUAUUUCCCCCAGUUUCACCAUAUCCUGUUCUGUCAAUAAGCAUCCAGAUCUAUGCACAUGCAGUCCACAAAACUAAUGUGACUCCUCCAGAUUCCUUCACAGGUCUGCCAAAUCCUCACAUAGAAACGGAUAUCAGAGAUCCUGAUUACAGAAGCUAUGUUAAAACACAGUUUGAAACUAUUGAAGAUCCUAAUUCUGAUCCUGGUGAACGUGUGUCCCUAGAUAAGAGAUACUCAACGCUAACCAUCCUACGUGGUCAACUGUCUCAACAGGAAAGGGAGUUUAAUUGCCAUGCAGAGUCAGAAAAGAGUAGCAUUGCAGAGAUAAUUUCAAAACAAUGGCCCAGGUGUCAUGCUGUAGAAAACUUCAUUCAAAACAUACUGAAGAAUGAAAGGAAGCUUCUGUUCAUAAUUGAUGUUGAUGAAUUAAGGUAUUCUUUUGAUGAGGCUGAAGAUUCCUGUUGCUCUGAUCCCUGGAAGAAGGAACCUAUAAAAAUUAUUUUGAGAAGUUUAUUCCAAAAAAAGCUUCUUCCUGAAUCCUUUCUUAUAAUCACAACAAGACCUAUUGCUUUGAAGAAACUCAAUCGAUAUUUAGAAUAUCCACAUUUUUUCCAGAUAUUGGGGUUUUCUGGAGAGAAGAUGGAAGAAUAUUCAGAAUUUUUUGGAGAUGAUAAAGACCAAGCAACUCAAGCUCUCAGAUUUGUGCAACAAAAUGAUACACUUUUCACCAUGUGUGUCAUUCCCCUUGUGAGCUGGAUCAUCUGCACAGUGUUGAAACAAGAGAUGGAGGGAGGUAUAAAUCUCCAGAAGAUGCCAUGCACUCUCACUGAAAUCUAUAUGCUGUAUCUCUCCAGCUUGUUAAAGUAUCACCACAAAGAAUCCGAACAGGAUGUCCAAAGAAAGUUGAAAAACGUCUGCUCUUUGGCUGCAGAGGGCAUCUGGAAGCAGCAAAUACUGUUUACAGAAGAAGAAGUCAUGAAGGACAAUUUGGUUCAGGAUGACUUCUUCCCCCUCUUUCUGAAUGAGAACAACUUCAAACGAGAUAUU